AUGCCCAAGCGGCGCUUGUCUAGCGACUCUAAGGACGAUACGCCACGCAAGAUCCGCAAGUUCAGCAAUCAACAGAUGGAGCACCGUGGCAACCUCGAGGGGACUGUUUCUAAUCUGAGAAGCUGCAGUCUAUCACAACUACCAAAUGAAUUUGAGCCCAAAACGCAGCUACUGACACCAGAGAGAGACUUGCGGUCCAGAAACGACAAGCCGACCAGCCUUGACGAGGAUUUCAGCUCAGCAAGAGCUGAUACGGACAACUCUGUAGAAGAAUCCAGUGAUGAUUCUGAUCUUGAGGAAAGCUUGAAGAGCCCACGCCCAGAGAGUUUACAAUAA